CUUCUACUUCUAGUAGUGCGGUCCUCAUAAUCGGUUACAGAUUUUUGUCCCGCUUCUAACGGUUGCGCAAACGUAUAUCAUCCGGCGCUAUUCUCUAUCUCCGAAGAAAAAAUAAUUCGGAGGGGGGCAAUUAUAAGGCCACAAGCCGACCCUCGAAUCAUCGUCGCCAUCACACAUUCGACAAGAUGAACGAUCCCGAGAAGCAGGAAGGGCUGGCACCGCCCAAGGUAGAGGUAACCGAUGAUUCUCUGUUAGGCGAAUUGGAGGAGGUGGAUGUUGUUGCUGAGCGGAAGUUGGUGCGAAAGUUGGAUCUGUGCAUCAUUCCUGUGGUGAUGCUUCUCUAUCUUUUGAGCUUCUUGGACAGAGUCAAUAUCGGUAAUGCACGCCUCUAUGGUCUAGAAACGGACCUUGGCCUUAGCUCCACACAGUUUCAAACCGCAGUCUCUAUCCUUUUCGUCACCUAUAUUCUCUCUGAAGUUCCCUCGAACCUGGUCCUCAAGAAGUUUACUCCCUCCCGCUGGAUCGCCUUCAUCACCGUUGCUUGGGGCAUCAUCGCUACACUGACCGGCAUUGUCAAGAACUAUGCCGGUCUCAUUGUGUGCCGCCUAUUCCUAGGCGCCGUCGAAGGUGGUCUUUUCCCCGGGAUGGCAAUCUAUCUCACGUUCUUCUACACCAAGCGGGAACUGGCCCUGCGUAUAGGGUACCUCUUCGUUUCUGCAGCCCUGGCCGGCGCGUGCGGUGGCCUUCUAGCCUUUGCGAUCGGCCAUAUGGACGGCGUUGCGGGGCAGAAUGGAUGGCGCUGGAUCAUGAUCAUCGAGGGCCUACCCACCGUCGUGCUCGGUGUUGCGGCCUGGUGGAUCCUACCCAACAGCCCCGGGAGCGCCUACUUCCUCAACGAGCGCGAGAAGAGAAUCGCAACUCAGCGUCUCACCCGACAGACGGGAUAUACCGCCCGAGCUGCCGCCUUUCAUUGGAAAGACGUCGAAAGAUGUGUCAAGGACUGGAAGGUGUGGGCUUUUGCUUUCGCGCAGUUUGGCUCCGACACCAUGUUGUAUGGCUUUUCGACUUUCUUGCCCACCAUUAUCCGCGCCAUCAAUCCCCAUGCGUCCAACCCUAUGGUGCAGGUCCUCACCAUCCCUUGCUACGCUCUCGGCGCGGUGACCUACCUCAUCGUCGCGAAGAUCUCGGAUAAGCAGCAGCGGAGAGGCUUGUAUACAGUGCUGCUCGGCGGCGUGAGUAUCGUCGGCUACGCAAUGCUGCUGAGCGACUCGAGCCCUGGAGUCCACUACGCUGGAUGCUUUCUGGUAGCCAUGGGACUGUACGUGUGCGUGGGUCUGCCGCUGGCAUGGCUGCCGACCAAUUGUCCGCGGUACGGGAAGAGGACUAUGGCGACCGGGUUGCAGUUGAGUAUUGGGAACUGCGCUGGGAUAAUGAGUAGUUUUCUCUAUCCUAAACAGGAAGGUCCACGCUUCAUCCGCGGACACGCCGUCACGCUCGCCAUGGUCGCAUAUGCCUGCGCCGUGUAUAUCGUCAUGUGGAUAUACUUUGCACGGGUGAAUGCGCGGAGAGCCAGAGGGGAUGAAGGCGGCAAGAUUGAGGGGAUGAGCGAGGAGGAGAUUGCGGAGUUGGGCGACGAUAGCCCAAGAUUUGUUUAUACCACUUAGGUUUUGGAUUUUGGCAUUUGGGUAUAGAUGGGGGAGUUUCAUGGGAUGGAUAUUAUGAUAGACGAGUGUUGCACGCCUAGUUUACGCAUGCAUUUGAAGCCAUGACGGGAGAGUCCGCAAGGGAACAC